AUGGGACAAUAUAAAUGCUGCCGUUGCAUUCCAGCCAGAGCUGGUGUAAUGAUUAUUGCUUUGAUUUCCACUAUGAUCUAUUUAGCGUGUACGGUGUCAUUGUUUUUGACCAAGCCUUAUUCAAAUGUAACUUAUAAUGGUAUCGAACUCAAUAUGAGCAUAAUCAACGGGAUUUAUUACGCAUCAAUUGCUAUUUCAAUCAUAUUUGCACUUGCUUCUAUACUCGGUGUUAUUGGAAGCAUCGUCCAACAAAGGAAAAUGAUUGCUAUAUUUAAAAUUAGUUACUGGACCAUGUCUCUAAUACAGUUUCUACUAAGUGUGAUUACCGUUAUUGUUUUCGUUACGAAGCGAACUGAGAUUAUCGAAGCCUGUGCUGCUUAUCCAGAGGAGAGUUUGGACACCUGUACUGUUUACUAUCGAAACUUUAUGAUAUCGUAUGGAAUCAUUGUUUUCUUGUUCAACUUCAUUCAGUUUUACUUUGCCUCUGUGAUCAGUGCUUAUGCUACAAGAUUACGUCGUACAAACAUGCAUGAGAAGCUCAGAGACUUGGAGGAUUUUCCAGAACCACUCAAUAAGACAGAAUUCUUCUAA